GUUACAACAACUCACAAAGAUAACUAAAUAGCACAUAUUCAUAUCCUACAAGACAUUCAAACCAUGAAAUCAUCCCAUGCAUAUCUCGUCUGCAUACUGUUGCUCUCUCUAUUUUCUCUACAUCAAUGUGUGAGGUUAGAAAGAUCGAACAAAAUCGAUAUGUCUGUAUGCGUCCAUGAAAUUUGCGGUGGUGUUUUCGACGGAGGCUGUUAUUGCUGUCCCAAAACGCCAGCUCUUUGCUGGGCAGACAUACAAUUCUGCACCACCUAUUGUCAAUCUCAAACUUAAAACCUUAAAUAAACUGAUCUGGAGCUAUAGUUGUUCCAUUUUAAACCUACACCUAUUGUCAUUUAUGUUUGCAUCUGUUUGUCAACGAGAAUACUCCUAAACGUCUUGAGGUUUAACGAGAGUACUCCUAAACCUCUUGAGGUUUAAAGAUCUUUUGAAAGCAUGUUGAGGUGGAAUCGUAGCCAUUAUGUAUUUCCUUAGUUUACAAGUAAUAUACCAUAAUAUUUGUUUUGAUGUUUUUCUGUUGUAGAAUCGGGGAAUCUCAUAAAUUCAGACUUAUUGAGACUUGUUAUAAGACGGGUACUCUUGUCAUUAAAAACGUCCAGAUGCCUACAAUGAUUGAAGUCAUAAUAGAAAGAUUCGAAACGAUCUAUUCU